GUAACCUUGUUCGUCAUUACCCUCACAACAUACCAGCUGUCACUGUAAUAUUUAUUAUUUGUUUUAUUGAAACGAAGAUUAGUCAAAGCUCGCGUUGCUAAACUGCCGUGGCUUCUUUGGUGGAGAACGAAUAAUUGAUUUAUGCCAUGGAGGAGUCCAGUGAUGCUUAUGACGAUCAUGACAUGAACCCUCCCUUUUCGUGGGAAGACCACCAGCGUCAGAGCAUGGAGGAGAGGGUUGAAUGCCUCAGAAGGAAGAUCAAGUACUACUUCAUGAAUCCGUGUGAGAAAUACCACGCAAGGGGACGAAAACCUUGGAAACUCAUGCUGCAGAUUGUCAAAAUUGCUAUAAUUACCGUCCAGCUGGUUUCUUUUGGUCUGAGCAACCAGAUGGUUGUUACUUUCAAGGAAGAAAAUCUGAUGACUUUCAAGCACAUUUUCCUGAAGGAUUAUGUUGAUGGAGGCAUGGAUACGUAUGCAGUCUACAAACAAGCUGAUGUUUACGAUCACAUUGAAUACAUUAUUGCUCAGUAUGGACUUCUGCGCAACAACACUGUUGGGAAUCAUGAAUAUGAGAAAAACGGCUCUUCCUACAUGCCGCUGUUACUCUGUCAGGAGUUCUACAGGAAUGGUAGCAUCUACCCUGGAACUGAGACCUUUGAAAUUGAUGCUCAUGUGGAGACCGAAUGCCUUGAAGUCUAUCCAGUCGUUCCCCUAUCGCUACGUGACAUGCUUCAGAACUUUGAGCUGCAUUUUAAAAGGCUGCUCUCCUUGAAGAUCACAUUUGUUGUCAAGGCCAUUAAUUUGCAAACCGUGAGGUAUCGAGAGCUGCCUGACUGCUACGACUUCACUGUCAUUAUUACUUUCAACAAUCAAGCUCACAGUGGCCGAAUGAAAAUCGACCUGGAAACAGAUGUGGACAUCAACGAAUGCAAAGACUGGAAAGUAAUUGGAGCUUCUGCAAGAAAGGUGUACCUGACUGUGAUGUUCGACUGCCUCAUCCUGAUAACCUGCCUUGCCUCCUUCGCACUCUGCACACGCUCAGUGAUAAAAGGGAUUCUGCUGAUGUUUGAGUACAUCCACCACUGCAAAACACGCUCUGGUGAAGACGUGCCGUGGUCAGACAGGUUGGAGUUUGUCAACGGCUGGUAUAUCCUGAUCAUCCUCAGCGACACACUGACCAUCGUAGGCUCCAUUCUCAAGAUGGAGAUCCAGUCUAAGGUCCUUACCAGCUAUGAUGUGUGCAGCAUCUUCCUCGGCACUGGCACCAUGUUUGUUUGGAUCGGCGUCAUCCGCUACAUGGGCUACUUCAAGAAAUAUAAUAUUCUCAUCUUGACACUCCGGGCAGCUUUUCCAAACGUUAUCCGUUUCAUCUGCUGUGCUGGAAUAAUCUACAUCAGCUACUGUUUCUGUGGCUGGAUCGUGAUUGGCCCAUAUCAUGAAAAGUUCCGGACCUUGAACACCGUCUCAGAGUGUUUGUUCUCAUUGAUCAACGGAGACGACAUGUUUCCCACCUUUAAAGACAUGAAGCAGAAGAGCAGCCUGGUGUGGGUUUUCAGCAGAGUCUACCUCUAUACCUUUGUGUCACUCUUCAUCUACAUGAUCCUCAGUCUUUUCAUCACAAUAAUCACUGACACAUACGACACAGUCAAGCAGCAGCAGGAGAGCGGAGUCCCAAUAUCAGACCUGCAGAAAUUCCUGUCGGUGUGUAAAGAUCUGCCAGAUUCUGGAGUUUACAGACUUGAAAAGAGCAAUAGCUGCUUCUUUACCUGCUGCAUCGACAGGUGCAACAACCCUCAACAGAGGCUGACAUCAGAGGCUUAGCAGUCAUGAGUAUUGAGAAUUAUUGAGCACUUUAUAAUUCCAGGAAGUGGAAUUCCAGGAAGUGGAUUAAACAAACAUGUUUAAAACUUUUAUGCCCAAGUUUGAUAAAGUUAGGGAACAUGUCGGUGAGAGCAAAAAGAAAAGGUAGCAAGAGAAAAAGAAAAAAAAACUUGGGUCUGAGGUCAACAUGAUGCACUGGCCCUGAAAGCAUCUUGUAAAUAAACUUAAAUAUAAUGAUAUUGUAUAU